GACACACCCACUCAUCAACACCGCGUACUGUACAAAGAACACGAAAGAAGAUGACCUCUCCAGACAGAUCUGUCUACCAUUGGUCCCACCAGCUCCACCAGGCUGCCUCAGAGAACAGCACAGACAGUCUCCACCAGCUGCUGAAGCAGGGUAACUCUCCCAACCUUCAUGGAGGGGUCCAGUGCUGGUUGAGGGGGGCGUCAUCGUCUCAAAGCCGAACACCUCUCCAUUAUGCAGCCAAAGAGGGCCACUUGGACUCCAUUAGACUGCUCCUGGUGUACGGGGCUGAUCCGAAUGCUAGAGAUGAAGAUGGGUACACACCGCUACACUAUGUAUGUCAAAUAUACAGUCCAGGAGUGGAGAGGUGUGAUGGUGUUCUGAAGUGUGUCGAGACUUUGAUAGAGUUCGGAGCUGAUGUCAGAGCCGAGACGAAUUCACGAUGCACACCCAGGGAUCUGGCACAGAGGCAGAACAAUAGUGUGUGCUUGGAGGCUAUGAACAUUUAUUGUGAGACUGUCCCCACUUUGCUCCACCUGACCAGACACCGGGUGGUGGGGCUGGUACACGCCCACUGGCUACCUCAAGUCCAGCACCUCUGGAUACCACACUCCUUGAAAAUGUAUUUGAAGUUUGAAGAUGUCAUCGCCAAGUGGAGACGACAAUAAUAGGUUCUUCACCAGUUUCUGUAAUCGGAGGGUCACUAUCUUCAUCUCCCUCACUGCCCCCCAGAGGCUCAGCUACCCUCUCAGAGCCCUCUCCUGUCGUUCCAAACUCAUUAACACGUUUUGGGUCCACUCGGUAGAUCCAG